AUGCCGAUCAAACGGUUCCACGAGUGCUCGAGGAUGCUGCGGUUUGACGACCGCGAGACCAGGGCCGCCAGACUGGCCUCGGACAAACUCGCGGCCAUACGGGACGUGUGGGACGAGUGGGCGCGACGGCUGCCUCUCCUCUACGACCCGGGCCCCGACGUGACCGUGGACGAGCAGCUGGUUGCCUUUCGCGGUCGAUGCUCCUUCCGCCAGUACAUGCCCAGCAAGCCCGCCAGGUACGGGCUCAAGGUGUGGGCGGCCUGCGACGCCGAGUCCAGCUACGUGUGGAAAAUGCAGAUCUACACGGGCAAGUCCUCCUCUGCCUCGGAGAAGGAGAAGAACCAGGGCGCCCGUGUAGUGAUGGACCUGACCGAGGGGCUGAGCGGCCCGUGCAACAUCACGUGCGACAACUUUUUCACCUCCUACGAACUGGCCCGGCGGCUCCUCGACGAGCGGGGACUCACCGUGGUGGGCACGGUGCGCAAAAACAAGCCCGAGCUGCCGCGCGCCCUGCUCGACGCCAAGGGCCGCGCCGUAUUCUCGUCCAAGUUCGCCUUCACGCCCGCCGCCGCUCUCGUCUCCUACGUGCCCAAGAGGAACGGGAACGUGCUGCUGCUGAGCACCCUGCACGCGGGGCCCCCGCGACUCGGCCCCGGCAGGCGCGCCAAACCUGACGUCAUCCUGCACUACAACGCCACCAAGGGCGGCGUGGACAACCUGGACAAGCUCGUCGGCACGUACAGCUGCCGCAGGAAGACCGGGCGCUGGCCCCUCGCCGUGUUCCACAACGUCCUCAACGUGUCCGCCUACAACGCCUUCGUGCUGUGGCGCGAGCUCAGGCCCGAGUGGAUGCGCGGCAAGCUCAACAAGAGGAGGGCCUUCCUCGAGCGGCUGGGCGGGGAGCUCGUGACUCCGCUCGUCGAGAGACGCCGGCGUCUGCCUCGCACGGAAGCCUCCGCUGCGCUCGUCAAAAAAGCGGCGGUUGCGAGGUCCUCGGCCGCCUCAGCCGAGGCUGAGGCCGAGGAGGAUGAGGCUGAGGAGGAGGCUGAGGAGGACCAUGGCGACGGCCCCGGGCGCGCGGAACCGGACGCCGCCGCUCCUACGGGGCCCGGCAAGCGGAAGAGGUACAGAGGUCAGCGCUGUACCAGGAGCAAGGACCGCAAAACCCGCACCGUGUGCUGCGGUUGCGAGAGAUACAUCUGCGGGAGCUGCGUGAGGGCCUACUGCCCGGAAUGCGUGGACCCGUAG